GCUACUCCAGGCUACAGAGUCCUGAGCAGUGUGACCUCGAACUCGCCGCGAGCACACGCGUCUCGUCUCGGGAGAAGUCCCCGGCGAGGUCUCACAGGAGGCGAUAGAAAAAAAAGUCCUGUCCGAGCGUGCGUCUGGGGGAACGAGGCGGAGCGGAGAGCAUCCGAAGCUUUGCUUUGUCCCUGUUCCCUUGUCGUCUCCGUCUCCGUCCAUCCACGGACGUCCCUCGUUCAGCAGCUCUGCUCGUGGGCGUCUUCUGCUUCGUUCAGCGGCCGUCGAUACAGCACCACAACUACCACCACCACCACCACCAGCAGCAGCGGGCUGGCUCCGGUUGGGCUGCGGUGAGUAGUAGGAGUACUAGGUUCUGUCGGUGCUGCUUUUGUAAUCGCCCCUGUGGUCUCCGGCGGCCGGCGGGAUGGGAGGAGUGUAGCAUUGUAAUCAAGUUCUGCCACCGUUGCAUGGUCACUGUUCAAAGUGUGGAAAUCUUCAAAGAAGAUGAAGGAGGAUAUUAUGUUCGACAACCAAACAAAGCCAUGCAGAUCAAGGAUCGACUCCAAAAGCAAUCAGAAUCCUCUGAAGCCCAAGUUUGGAUCCUCAUGGGGGUCCCAAAUUGUCAAGGGGUUCACAGCUGACAAGAAAACCAAGAAGACAGCAGCCGUUGCGAGCAAGAAGCCACCUCUUGCAAGCGUGGAAAAUGUAAACCAGAACAAUCAACAGAUUCCAUACCAUUCUAGGGUCAAGAGAUCUCUGAUAGUAGACUUCCCUUGCUCACCUGCUGGUGCUCAAGUUCAUCCCCAUGUCUUUGAUUGCCACGGUAUCAGGUCGCCAGCAUCUCAUGAUCUUUUCCUUGAGUUGGACCAUCUCAGGGAACAACUACGCGAGUCAAAGGAAAGAGAAUCAGCAUUGCAAUCAGAGGUGCGGCAAUGCAGAGAAAACCCAAGGGUUUCGGAACUCGAGAAGGAGCUUGAUUCUAGGAAGAAUGAGAUUGACAGGCUUGCACGCCUUAAAACUUCACUAGAAGCUGAGAAAAUGAGCCUCUCUGAACAGCUAUCAGCUCUAUCUUCUAUGGUGGAGCAGCAUGAAGAAACUGUAAGAUUGGAUGGACAUGGUAAUCGGGCAUCUAGCACAGAUGGAGACAAUCCAUUUUCUUCAGGAAACUUGGAGUUCGAAGUUGUUGAGCUGCGACGUUUAAACAAAGAGCUUCAGUUUCAGAAACGAAGUCUUGCAAUCAAGCUCUCUUCAGCAGAGUCCAAACUGGCUAUCCUUGAAAAGAAUGCAGAGAGCGAGAUAGUUGCGAAGGUUCAAGCUGAGGCCUCUUUGUUGCGGCACACAAAUGCAAACCUGAGCAAGCAAGUUGAGGGCUUGCAAAUGAGUCGACUAACUGAGGUUGAGGAGCUUGCGUAUCUUCGAUGGAUCAAUUCAUGCCUACGUCAUGAGCUCUGCAGCUCAGAUCAAGCAGCUAGAGCAAUGACCGAUAUCGAUUUUAAUGAUGGUAUGGCUUGUAAUGAUGAUCAUUGUGAUGCCAGAAAUGGUGAGGACAGUUGUGAUGAUAAAAGGUUUAGCAUUGCUGAACGUAUCAAGCAAUGGUCACAGAAUGAUAAGAGCUGUCAAGCAUCUAAAAAGGAAUCUCUUCUUGAUAGAGCAUGGAUUGAAGCCACAGAAGCCCGGAGCCCAACACGCAGGCAUUCACUUGGUGGAUCAAAGGGAUGUGCACAGGAAUUGAACAUCAUGAAGAGGAGGCAAUCUGAUACCUUUAUCUGCCUUCCAGAGGCAACAGAUGAAGCAGCUUCCUGUAAUAAGGAUCAGACAAGCAGGGAUAAGCGUGAACUUCUUGUGGAUAAGUAUGAUUUUGGUCAAUCUGAUGGUUCCAGAUUUGUUCUUGGCAAGCCAGAAGUAUGCAAGUCUCAAUGCUUGGAUGUUGAAAAGCGUACCUUGCGCAUUCCAAACCCUCCACCAAGACCUUCAGUCUCUGUGCCACAUUCUGGUCCAUCAAAUGGAUCCACUGUAAAUCCACCCCGACCACCUCCGCCGCCUCCUCCUCCUAAGUUUUCCACCAGAAAUACUGGCGUCAUGAAGAGGGCACCACAAGUUGCAGAGCUUUACCAUUCACUUAUGAGAAGGGACUCAAAGAAAGACACUUCUGGGGGUGCAAUCUGUGAAACUGCUAACUCCGCGAAUGUGCGGAGUAGCAUGAUUGGUGAAAUCGAGAACCGUUCUUCACAUUUGCAGGCUAUCAAGGCGGAUGUUGAGACUCAAGGUGAGUUUGUGAAAUCGUUGAUCAAGGAGGUGACUGAUGCAGCUUACAAAGAUAUAGAAGAUGUGGUUGCAUUUGUGAAGUGGCUCGAUGAUGAACUCGGUUUCCUUGUGGAUGAGAGAGCAGUGCUGAAGCAUUUUGAUUGGCCCGAGAGGAAGGCAGACACUCUACGAGAGGCAGCUUUUGGCUAUCAAGACCUGAAAAAAUUGGAAACAGAAGUCUCUAACUAUAAAGACGAUUCGCGCCUUCCAUGUGACAUUGCACUUAAGAAAAUGCUUACAGUGUCUGAAAAGACGGAGCGAGGUGUCUACAACCUUCUGAGGACAAGGGAUGCUAUGAUGAGGCAGUGUAAGGAGUUUAAUAUUCCUACUGACUGGAUGCUUGACAACAAUCUUAUUAGCAAGAUAAAAUUCGCUUCUGUCAAAUUAGCAAAUAUGUACAUGAAAAGAGUGGCUAUGGAACUUCAGUAUAUGGGACCCCUCAACAAGGAUCCAGCUCUGGAGUAUAUGCUGCUUCAGGCUGUCAGAUUUGCCUUCAGAAUUCAUCAGUUUGCCGGAGGUUUCGACACAGAGACAAUGGACGCAUUUGAGGAGCUGAGGAAUCUCGUUCAUGUCAGGAACAGUACCCAGUAGGGUGGCAAUUCAAUGUAGUAUGAUCUGAUUUUUCUUUUUGGGUGAAAUUUAUGGCUUACCCUCUCAGUAAGCAUGACAGACAGUUUGAAGGAUUGGUGUGUAUGUAUGUGUGCUCUAGCUAGUCUGAAGAAACCAGCAUGGAAACUGUGUGUAUAUGCUCCUGGUGGGCAUUGGUGAUUGCCACUUCAUCUGUUAACUUGUCUGUCUCUGGAAUCCAUGCAUGACUCAUGGAAUGGAAGAUUUUUGAAGGAGGAAAAAAAACUAUUGCUUUUGCAACAAUUGCAUACCAA